AUGCAUUACAAAAAAAAAACGUUCUUCAAUACAUGUUACCGACUUAAAUUCUAAGAAAAACAACAAUUAAAACUGAUAUAGCUAAAUAUCAUUAAUGUUGACACCAUUCCAAUAUGGGUAAUACUCUACCUAAUCGACGCAAGACGCGCAACAGCAACUCUCCAUAUACGCCCUCCAUCUUUGGCAAACAAUCGCCUCUGGAACGUGAACGCAAGGGUAACAAACAGCGUUAUGAACUGCGAUCCAAGACAUUACCAGCACGCAAUCGCAAAAGUAAAAACAGUAAAUCGUCCAAAACUGCUGCUCAAACAUUGCCCAAUCAUAAACUGAUUUAUGGAACAACUGCAAGUGCAACGGGGCCUAUAUGCCACAAUGCCGGUGAUUCAGCACCAACGCCUCCACCUCCUAAUGGAGAAACUUCAAGGGUAUUAUUUUUGCUAUAUUUAAUACAUCGUACUUGGAAUGUAAUCACCGAUACGAAGAGCAAGAGCAGUUCCCAUGCCAAAGUCUCUGAGAAACCUUCAAACCGAGAUUCUUUUUACGAAACUGAAAGUAAUUAUUCUUUGUCAUUCAGUGACUUGUAUGAGGAAGGUGGUGGCGGUCGAGCUGAUGUCUCUCAAUGUUGUUCCCAAUAUUCCCUAUGCAGUUGCAGUUCAUGCUACAAUGGCAUCAUUGGUGCAAAUAAACAAGGCCUCGAGAAUUUGAAUAUUGGCAUUCAGAAUGUCUACAAUUCCAUUGAUGAGCAAUUUUCGCAAGACUCCAUGGUGGAUAAGGCAUUUUCCAUAUGUAGAAGUGAAUUUUCCUCGAUUUCUCAUAGUUAUCAAAUGGCUCCAAGUGUUUGUCAAAAUUCACCUAAAUUGCCGCCACACAACAAUACACAGUCCGGUGUUCACAGCGGUGGAGGCGCUGGUGCGGGAAGUAAUAAAGGAAUUGCAGUAGCUGGCGUUGCUGUCGUUGGUUCAUCUUCAAUUACACAACGCAGCAAUUGUGGCAGUAGUAGCAUUAAUGGAUCAAUGGCUUCAUAUAAAAUGUCUACAACAUCGGACACAAGUUGGUCGCAGACCGUAUUCAGUAAAGAAAACCAAAGGCCUCCCGUAUACAAUCCCGAGGAUUAUGUGGUGGCUUUGAAAAAAUUUGGCAAAAGACAAAGUGGAGCCAAUCCCAGAUCCAUAUAUGACACCAAUGAUGUUGUAACCCCUGACGAUAAUUUCAAAUCAGCUACAUUGCCACAUAAACAUUCGGAUUACAAAAGCCCCAUCAUGGGACCCGUUUCCAGCGACAGUGAAAUGUCUUUACGCCAAUUUUCUACCAUAACAGAUCUGUUAACAAAAUUAAGGGCAGAUUUAAGAGUGUCCUUUCCAAGCUUUGUCCAAGAAUUUGUGGCCACGCCUUCAGAUGGCGUUAGCUUGCUUCUGGAGGUUUUACGUUCGAUUCAGCUUUCCCAAGCCGUUAAUGCUCCCAUUGGCAAUACGGGUACAAUGCCUAGAAACUCACAAAGUUAUCAGCGUCGAGCUUUACUGGAUGAAUUGGCAUGUUUACAAUGCCUGAAUAUAUGCUGUUCUCGAUCUUUGGAAGCAACAUCUCGCUUGGGUAACACCCCAGUGGGUCUCAUGCCAUUGGCUUCCUCUGCUACCGGGCAGGGUAUACGUGCUCGAAUUUUAGCCAUGCAAUUGAUGGCCAAUGCCUGUGACAAAAAUUCUUUUGGUCAUGGUAAUCAGAAAUUUGCCAAUGCCGGGCACACAGCAAUUUCAGAGGCAAUGUCCACUUUGCGUUUAAGAUGCAGUGAACCGGUGCGUUUUCGCUUGCUAAUGGGAAUGCUGAAUAGUGGAGGAGGUUCUGGAGAAUUGCAGGCAGUGGGAGUGAAAUUUAUCAAUGCCUUUUUGGAAAGUUCGGAGAAUCUACAACAGCGCCUGUACUUGCAAGCUGAACUUUUUCAGGCAGGCUUUGAUCCCAACAAUUUGGCCAAAACCAUUUCCUCGUCUUCACCUUGGCUGGAUGUUUUGCGCCAAGAACUUAAAAAAUUCCAUGACAUUUAUGUCGAUGUAGAUAAAAUGAUCACCCAAUCUCGUGAAGCCGAUAGAGUUCGCAGUCAAAUGGUUAUUCUGGAACGCCGAGUACAAAUACUACACGAAGAAAAAGCAGUGCUGACUUCCAUGGAAAGACGCCUACAGGAACGUUGUGCCGAGUUACAAAGGGAAAUUUUCCGCUUGCAGGGAGCCCAAAAUGAGACCACCUUUAAAUCUUUGGAUAAGCAACCGGUUACACUGCCCCGUCACAUACCACCGGGCAAACAAAAGGCCCAAGACUCCUCUGAGCAUGAGGAUGAAGGCAUUAGCAGCUCGGAUACCGGCCCCUCAUUAUCACCUGUGCCAAUUUUGGUCUUGCCACAACAUAAUGCGAAAAAACCAUCGGAUAAUAAUAAGCUAACGGCCGAUCCGGCCAUUGAAGAUGCCAUGGAAGAGUUGGACAAUGUGGUCAACGAGGCAGAGAAGCAAUUGUCGAAUAGUGAAAGCAAAUUUUCCAAAAUCUCCAAAGAAGCCAAGGAAAAAGAAAUUGUGCCCGUUAAUAUUGUACCACAACCGCCUAGGAAAUCUCGAUCCUUGGCUCAUUUGGUGCAGCCCGAUGGUUCGGAUCUGGAUGGUUCCGAAUAUGGCAUGUUGCUGUUGCAGAAACCAGUCAAUGCCAAUCAGGAAGUAGCUGCCCUAAAGACAUUCUUCGAUGAAAGCGAUUAUGUUAUACAAGAUCAGGAGAAAUCCUAUCACAGAUCCAUGUUGGACUCACCCGAAAUACCUGAGACCGCGGGGGGUAAACAACAUACAAAUAAUACCACCCGAGAACUAUUGGAUGUCAUUAUGAAUGCCCGCCAUUGUGAAGAUGAUCCCACAAUGAAGGCCUUGAGGGAGGGGGCCCAUAGCAGCGAGGAGGUGGAGCCCAAUGCAAUUAAUAUGAGUGGAGCUCCCAAAAGGGAGAGUUUUACAGAGACCAAUGGUGUGCCACCGCAACAGUUCAAUGGAGUGUUCUUUAUGGCGGGCAUGAAUACGGCUCAGAAAUAUCCUAAACCCGAUUUGACGGCAGCCCUACAGGCUAGACGAGUCACUAAGAAUGUAGAGCGUCUAGAGGCUGUCUUUGCCAGCCAUAAUGAGGCCUACAAUGAGGCAGAUCAACAGAAUGGCAAAAGAUCCAACCUUAUGCCCAGCACCCGAGAAAAGUCAAGAAGCAACCAACAAAUCUACUUUGGCAGCAAUCCCACCAUUCGCAUUGGCGCCUAUAAUCCAGCACAAGGCACGAGGCCGGAUCUGCUGAGCAACAACAAUGUGACCACAAGAACACGUUCAUAUACCCAAGGAUCCAAAGUUACCGAUAUACCAUCGGGCCUAUACUGAAUGGCAAAGAGAUCCUUAGGGAUGUCGCCACACAAAGCUUUUGUGCAAUCACAAGUUAGAUUAGAUCAUAAAGUAAACCAUAAACACACAGAAUAUACAGUAGCUGUAUAAAAUUUGUCUUACUAAUUUAUUAACAACACAUACUCGUACAUAAAAAACAUAAAAUACUUGAAGAAAGUAUUAAACUAACUACAUUCCAUAAGCUAAAUUGUAGUUUAAACAGAAACAAAACACAUUAAAAACCUUUAGUCAACAAGUCAUGGCGACAUUACUUGAGUGGAGCUUUUUAAUAAAUCCUCUAUUGUAUACCUAUGAUCUAAAA